AUGGCUCCCUGGACACCCGACCAGACCUCGCCUUGGACUCGAUUUUGCUUGUUCCCCAUCCAGGUCUAUGAGAAUGAGUGCUUCCUGUCAACUGAAGAUGGACUUGACACGGAACAGCAGCAUGUUCUUGACUGUCGCACCUGCUCGAUACUAUGUUUUGUCGCCAAUAAGUUCAAGCGUGUGUCCUUCAUGGCUGUUAUUGCGAUCGAGUCGCUUGGCGCCAAACGAGGAAAACCAAAUCGCAAACCUUCACCUAUCGGAGUUACAGUCAACGUCUACGGCCCAAGGCGCUUGAUAAACAAGGUUGGCCAGGCCAUGACGAACGUCGAUGUUGUUCUUCAGCAUCCAGUCUUCGUGGAUUCAGAAACCUGCUAUAUGAACCCCCAUUACUUCUAUCCAGAACGUAAGAAGACUGACUUGAGACAUCUGAUUGGGCCGUUAUACAAAGGAUCCAAGUCAGCUGUAUCUCAGGCCAUUGACGAUGCUUUGGAUUCUGCAAAUGACUGGGGUCAUGGGGUCACGUCAACAGUCUGCGACAGGAGCGACUUGGAAAAUGUGCUUGGAUCUCUCUUGAUCGAUACACAGCUUAAAGACUUGCUGUCCCGUCGAACCGUCCCUGGGUGUGGCGGGAUACUGGCAGAUGUCAUGGGUCUUGGGAAGACAUUGACGAUGCUUGGGGCGAUUGUGUACUCAAAGCACUUGAACAAUAGACUUGCCGCAAGUUCCAACUCCAUGACGCAGUUGCGAGAAAAGACCCUGGUUGUUCUACCGUCACGACCCACCCAGUGGAUUCUCAUUGAUCAUUCUUUACUGACAAUUUAUAGGCGAUUCCGGCCGCAAACUCUAAGAACAGCAAUUUUCCACGGAAACAGGCGGGCCAAGGAAGGACAGCUACUUCUCGAGAGUGAUGUCGUGUUGACUACGUACCAUACACUGGAAAAUGACAGCAAAAAGACCAAGAUAUUACAGUCCAUCAAGUGGACCCGUGUGGUUCUGGACGAAGCCCAUCAGAUAAGAAACCCGUCCACCAAGCUUUUCAAGGCUGCGGUAGCUCUCGAAAGCGAGGCACGGUGGUGCCUCACCGGCACACCGAUCCAGAACAGCCUCGAUGACCUCAGAUCACUGCUCAAGUUCCUGCGGUUCGAGCCUUUCUGCCAGCCUAAGGUGCUGGAAGAGCACAUCGUAAGGCCAAUGAGGAAAGAUCCCGAACCUGGAUCCAGCACAGCACGGAACCUGCGGAUUCUUCUCAAGACCUGUUGUCUUCGAAGAACCCAAACUCUGCUUGACCUUCCGAGCGUGACGACAAGAGAAGUCUUGGUGAAACCUACGAUGGCAGAGAAGGCUCGCUUCGCGCAGAUCUUGGAGCAGUGCCGUGCAGAGUUCGACUUGAUGGCCAGCCAAGACACCUGCCGGAAGACGCCCAAUGUACUGUUUUCAGCCGUCGUCAAGCUUCGGCAGGUUUGUAAUCACGGCAUUGCUCAAAUCAACGGGACCGGCGCCAGGGGAUCGGAUCGGCUCACUGUACCAAGGACGCUUAAAAAGAAUUCCCGGCCCCCUAGUGCAGACCCAGUUUGCGAUUUUUGCUGCGCCCAGGAUGAGGAAGACGACAUUUUACUGGGUGCCCUCGAUUGCUGUCCGUUAUGUGGCCGGGUCCAAUCUGAAGGGAACGAUACAAGCUCGCCUUCCACACCAUCUCUCCGCCCCUGUUCGCCGUUUGCUUCUGGGGGAGUGUCCCUUAACCAAAUGAAUGCAGCAAGCUUUGCCUCAGGAAUGCCAAAUCACUUACUCUUGGAUAGUGAAUUGGCAGGCCAGUCCUCUAAACUUUCAGCAGUGGUCGAUAACAUAAAGUCAUCCGGUUUGGAAGAGGAUUCAAAGAGCGUCGUUUUCACUAGCUGGAGGACGACGCUUGAUAUGCUCGCUGGCAUACUCUCUAAUAUCCGAGUCCUUUUGAUAUCCAUCAACACUGGCGCGGUUGGGCUCACCUUGACGAAGGCAAACGUGGUGCAUAUCGUUGAGCCACAGUGGAACCCAGCGAUAGAGGAGCAGGCUAUCACAAGAGUAGUCAGAAUGGGACAGACACGGCCAGUGACCGUUUUCAAGUACAUCAUGAAUGAGUCUGUGGAACAGGGCGUGGUAAAACUGCAACAAAGAAAGACUCGCAUAGUCAAGCUAUCGAUGCAAGACAAAGACGAAUCCGAUGCUGAUUUCGCCCUGGAUGUAAGUGAAAAAUACUUGACAUACCCGAGCCUCUAA